CCUAGGAAGCGCGCGUAUGCGGGCGUCGCGGAGCAGGCUCGGUGUCCUCUUGGGUCUAUCCGCGGCCGCAGCGCUCCCCGGCCACACCCGCACGUAUUUCUGCGGUCACCGCCGCUCCUGGCCGAGAGGAAGCCUCUGAGUCGCCGGUAGCGUCUGUUGGGUCAGCGUUGUGAGGGACCCCCCGUGGCGUGUCGUCUGCGCCGCCGGCCGGGUGUGCCUGUCGGGCCGGCAGAGCUGCCGCCCGUUUCCCCCGGCUAGUCCGGGGGUCCGGUCACCGCCUCCACGGCGACUCCGCCGGACGCACCGACCGGACCGCAGCCCGCGCCCCGAGCGGACGGCAUCAUGAGGCACCUGCCGUACUUCUGCCGGGGCCAAGUGGUGCGGGGCUUCGGCCGCGGCUCCAAGCAGCUGGGCAUCCCCACAGCUAACUUUCCUGAACAAGUAGUAGAUAAUCUUCCAGCUGAUGUAUCCACUGGCAUUUAUUAUGGUUGGGCCAGUGUUGGAAGUGGAGAUGUCCAUAAGAUGGUGAUGAGCAUAGGAUGGAACCCAUACUACAAGAAUACGAAAAAGUCCAUGGAAACUCAUAUCAUACAUACCUUCAAGGAGGAUUUCUAUGGGGAAAUCCUCAAUGUGGCUAUUGUUGGCUACCUCAGACCAGAGAAGAACUUUGAUUCUUUAGAGUCACUUAUUUCAGCAAUUCAAGGUGAUAUUGAGGAAGCUAAGAAACGACUAGACUUACCAGAACAUUUGAAACUCAAAGAAGAUAAUUUCUUCCAAGUUCCUAAAAGCAAAAUAAUGAAUGGCCACUGAUGAAAAAACAUCUUAUUUAUUCAUUCACUGUUUUCUCGUAUUUCACUGUUCAUAACUUUGCCAUCUCAUCUUAGUUAUAUUUUAAAAAUCAAACAUUUUCUUACAGCUGUGAUUAGUUUAAACAGUACAAUGUAGUUAAAGUCAAAAUUCUUUUUUAUGUAAUACAUUGAUUAAAAUGUGCUACUCAAAAGGUAUAAAUGUCUUAUAGUGGAAAUGAAAAGUGUAUAAGUUUGGGUAAAAAGACAAGUCACUAGUUUGAGAUGAGAACUAUAAUUCUCAUGGUAAAAUAGCAACAUGUAUGUAGUUGUACAGCAGCUGCUACUAAACAGAGAAGGCUUAUAAAACUAAAUGCAUCAAACAGAAAUUUGAUUGUUUAGUAUAUAAAUCUAAAGGGGGAAAUCUAGACUUUAUAUUUUUGAUAUUUUGUGCAUUAACAUUAUAGACAUGAAGACUUUUGUCAUGUCAAAGAAAUUUUGUUAUUUUCUUUAUGAGGUCACAUCAUUGUACUGUCUUCAUUUUUGUAUAGAGCUGCCUCAAUUCUAAGUGGUCUAGACUCCCUCCUCCUAUCUUGUUUUGUCUUAUUUUUUAAGACAGUAAAAUAAGCGUUUUCCAGUCUAUAGGUCUCAUUUUUGUGUUGGUUGAUGCCUCUUUUCUUUUUUUAGAAGUAGUUAUUGUUCUUCACCAAUUUUUUUGUUUGUUUGUUUGUUUUUUGGUGGCUGGCGUGUACAGGGAUCUGAACCCUUGACCUUAGUGUUAUAACACCAUGAGCUAAUGGGCCAGCUCAGCAAUUUUCUUGACUUUGGUUUUUUUUUUUUUUUUUUUUUUUUUUUCCUUUAAACAAUUUACCAGUGUCAGAUUAUUCCUUUUAGAAUAUCCUACAACUGUACAUUUAAACGAGAUUGCACUUGUCUAUACCAUUUCAUCCCUUCACUAUAUGAACAGUGAUUAAGUGCACAUACUAUAGCAUUUUUAGGAAAAAACAAAACAACAGACCACUUUAGGUUCCCUCAAGAUAAAUAAAGAUGUAAAUAAAUACAUGGCUGUUCAUUUAUGUGUAUCAGUUUGUUAAAGAACACAAAAUGCUGUUUUCUCCCUAGGGAAACUAUGUAAGAGCAGUUAAACUAUGGAAUAGUUAGAAAGUUGUUUAUUUUUAAUGUAAUUAUAUGUUCCAGAGCAAAUCUAAACUGUUGUGUUACAUAAUGUAAUUUAAUGCUAAAGAGUGCUUGUAGCUUGUGGGAAAGGUAUAAAUAAAGUUUUAGUUAAAUGGUCUUCAUACUAUGCAUUUCUCCUCCUACUAACUGUAUGAUUUUUGGCCACUUGAGUCUCUGUUUAUAUUGGCAGAAGGCUUAAGUCUGAAUAUUUAGGAAAUUAAGAUUGCAGAUUGCUUUGGGUUCCCUCAAACAGUAGAUUGAAUAAUUGUUCACUUUUGUAACAGAUUUGGUGGUUGGGGGUUGGGGUGGGGUAGAAGGGAACUUUAAAGAUAACUUGUUAUAAAUAAAUCUUUUUCUAAUCUGCAUAAGUGAAUUGGAGAAAUGACUAAUAUAAAGUAUGUAGAAAGACAUACAAAUCUAUUCUUGGCAAAGAGGAAAGCACAUAAAUUCUGUUGGAUUGUAUUUUACUUUUUGGCAUAUGAAUUUGUGGCAAACAGUGCAGUCUGUGGCAUUUUCAUUUCUUUAUAAAAUUAUUUAGAAAGUAUAAUUUUUAGUUAGAAAUCCUGUCCUUGAAGGAAGCCUCAAUUAUCAGUGGCUUCAUGAAGCAAAGUUAAAAACAAGUAUGGAAAGUGUAAAAACAGAUUUGUGUUUGUUUUGUCUAAGCUUGCUGCUAAUUAUGUUCUCAUUAAGUGUGUGAAAGUUCUUUGAUAUUUUGUCACCUCACAUUUUGUUAAAUAGCCAUCACUUUUGAAAGUCAGAUAGUGUGGUGUUUAGGGAUUUACUAAUUGUGUCUACAGUUUUAAAAGGUUUUUUUAGGUAUUUAUGUAUUAUAAGAAAUUACCGUAGUACCAUUUUGAUCAGUCCAAACGUUU